AUGCUGGAGUGAAUAAAGGCAUAAAAAUUAAUAAUGUUGUAAAUAAAGCAAUAAGAAUUAAUAAUAUUGUGAAAAAAGAUGCUAAAGUAGAUGAAUGCAUGAGAGUAAAUGAAGAUGUUGAUAAAG